AUGGAUCCUUUGCCAUAAUUCGCAGGAGAUGAUUAAUAAAUAACUUAUCUAUUCGCAUGGGGACGCAACAAAGAUGGAGAAUUGUCCAUUGGCAAUCAAAAGAAGUGUAAUGCUCCUAAGGCAGUGCAAGGGUUGAAGAAUCAGACAGUGCAGUUGAUUAGUUCAGGUUCCAACCAUUCAGGAAUAGUAACCCAAGAUGGUUAACUCUUUAUUUGUGGAUCUGCAUUACACGGUAAACUUGGUUUUGAAGAUGCCAAUCAACCAUCCUACCCUAAGUUCUUACUCGUCCAGGCCAUGAAAGGAUUGUUUGUAACUCAGGUGGCCACAGGAGAUUAUCAUACCUUGUGUUUAUUGGACAAUGGAUAGGUUUAUGCAUGGGGAGGCACUCUUCACAAAAAGCUAGGUUCUAAGGCAGGCAAACCAGCCAGGAUUGAAACCUUGAAACAAACCAUUGUGUAGAUUGGGUGCGGUGAUUUUCAUAGUGCAGCCUUGAGUGCUAAUGGAGAUCUAUAUACUUGGGGAGGAGGAGGCAGAGAUUAUAACCGAGGUUAAUUGGGUCAUGGUCAUUUAAAUGAUGUGGAGACACCCUAAAUAGUAAAGGACAAUAUAGUUAAAUUCAGUUGUGGAGGUUAUCAUAUGAUGGCAUUGGAUAAGGAUGGAGAAUUGUGGUCUUGGGGUUCUGGGAUGUAUGGAGAAACUGGUCAAGGCGAAUUCUAAGAUAGUUUAUUACCCAAAAAGGUGAAAAUCAAUUUCAAUUAAAAACACAUCAUCAUCGACGAUAUCUUUGUCUAGAAUAAAUAAGAAUCAACCAUCAAGGAGAUUAGUCUAGGUGGACAUCACAGUUUGUUGUUGUCGAAUAAAGGAAUUGUUUAUGCUUGUGGAUAUGCUCAACAUGGACAAUUGGGAAUUAAAGCUACUGAAAAUUAAAACAAAUUCUAAUUAGUUAUUGGAAUAUCUGGAAAGACAAUAGUGUAGAUUGCAGCUGGAUGGAACCAUUCAAUUGUGUUGACAAGUCAUUCUGAUGUUUAUACUUGUGGACACAAUUAGGCAGGACAACUUGGAGUUGGGGAUUAUGAAAGCAGGACUUAAUACACGAGAAUUAACUUUUUGGAAUAAAGAAGAAUUAAAUAAUUAUUUGCAGGUGGCAAUCAUUCUUGGGCAUUAAUUGAUUAUAAUUAACCUAGGAUUGAUGAUUAUUCACCACCCUCGCCUUUAAAUGAAGAGGUAAAAAUUGAAAACUUUACUUAACCUCUUGAUCAAGGUCUUUAAGAUUUGGAGAUAGUGAUUACUGAAGUGAAAUUGCAUCAUAGAUUCGUCAAGAUUUAGGUUCCUGCUUAAUUUUAGACUACAAUUCAAGCCAAGAUUAAUGAUUACUUGAACUUUAUGCAGAAAGACCCUAAUACAAAGUUGAGUAAAUUUUAGAAUGAUGCUCUUGCCUUGGGAGUCAAAGAAGAUAAUAACAAAUUGUCAUUUACUAUAAUGAUGAUUAUGGAUCUGUCUUAAUAUAAAAUGCCAUUUGAGGAGUUGGAUGAGGGCAAGGUGAAUCAGAUUGGCAAGCAGUUUGUUGUGAAGAGAAGUGCUUUCAAUAAAAACCCUAUUUACGAUUGGAUUGCACAGGCGGAGAAGAUUAUGAAUAUUCCAGGCAUCCAAAUCAAAUUCUUGGAACUUAGACCAUAGCAAUGAUACUUAUGAAUAGAUAAACUGUAUUAUAAUCUUUACAUUAAUGUUUCCAGAUAA